AUGACUGUUGAGUAUUUUUUGUUUCUGCGAAACAUCAAGUUUCAAAUUCAUUCCAAUAAUAUAUUGCUCCUCUCUUUUCUCUACCAGGCCACAAGCUAUACUCACCCGUGUAAUAUUACAGAGACUGCAUUGAAGUUGGAAGGUCUUGUUGGAGAUCUCGAAGAUGUGGUUUUGUCUGCUAUGAAUCGCCAUGGUGGGGACAUCUUCUCAGCAGCUCCUUCAAACUCGUCAAUUUCAGCUAACCAUGGAUCAAGACAAGAAAAGGUGUUUGGUGCUAUAACAACCAUGAGUGGUAUUGAGAACUUAUUAGUCAGCGUUGCUAAACUCCAUCCUCAAUGGUGUCAUCUAAUGAAGUCUGUUGAUACUAGACUAGAUAAAACUUUGGCUGUUUUCCGGCUACAAGUUCUUGCAGAUCACCGAGCUCUUCUUGCAUCUCUGGGAUGGCCACCAAAAGUUUUGACAUCAAAAACAGAGAAUGGAACAACCUUAUACCUUCCAAAUCCACUUGUUCUAAUGAAAGUAGAUCAAAUAAAGAGUUAUUCGGACAGCAUUCUACUACUUUGUGCUUUGCAACAUUUGCAGGCACGAAGGGAAGAGCGGCAAUGUAGUAAUUCAGAGAACAAGGGAAAUUUAAGGCUCUGGGCCAUAGAUGAAUUAGUAUCACUCAUUGCAUGUCGGACAGAAUACCACUUUUCAAAGUGGGCUGAACAUCCUGCGUUAAUUUUUGCUCUGGUCUUUAAAAUUACGCGGGACUUUGUUAAAGGAGUGGAGGAUGUUUUGCAGCCUCUGAUUGACAGAGCAAGAUUGGUGAGCUAUAGCGCUAAAGAAGCUUGGGUGCAUGCAAUGGUCCAAAUGCUUUCUGGUUUUUUAGCAAAAAAUGUCUUUCCUUUUCUUGCUAAAAAAUAUAAGGAAAAGAAAAUGCGAUCAGAGGUUAUAUCUUCAUGGGUUCAUUUAAUUGACCUUAUUGUUGCAUUUGAUAGACAGAUGCAAUCACUUGUAAAUACAGAAACUUCUCUCCUUUUUGGGGGGUCUGAAGGACUUGGAGGUCUCUCAAGAGGCAUAUCACCGUUGUCUAUAUUUUGUGAUANUGUAAAUACAGAAACUUCUCUCCUUUUUGGGGGGUUUGAAGGACUUGGAGGUCUCUCAAGAGGCAUAUCACCGUUGUCUAUAUUUUGUGAUAGGCCUGAUUGGUUAAACAUUUGGGCCAAGAUAGAGCUGAAGGACGCUUGGACGAAACUGAAAGCAGAACUAAAAGAUGCAAGAGUAUGGUUAGUCGAUGAUAACAGUAGAAAUGUAGAAUAUGGAGAAACCCAGGAAUAUCUUCCCUAUUCAGGGGAAGACCAUAAAGCGCCCUUAAUUGCAGAGUACGCCCUUAGAAUUGCCCAGGAAAUGAGUGAACGAGGUCAAACUAUACCUUCCAUUUUAGCACGAAGCCAAUUUAUAAGAUCAACUUCAGCCAGAUUCGUCUGGUACUUUUUGAACGUCUUGGUUUUUCAGUGCAAGAUAACUGAAUUCAGUGCUGGGAGCCCUACUGAUGACUUCUUAACACGACUCUGCACAUCAAUCAAUGCUGCUAGAUAUUGUGAAUAUAAACUGCUACAAUGGAGUGAUGAUGUGAGCUUUUUGGAGAUGAGAAUUGCUGAGGCUACUUUAAACAUCCAUGUAGAUGAUGCACAAGUUAAAUGGUCCUUCUUUGGGGACGAAAUAAAGAGGUUAAUUGAACUAGAGACAACUUGGUUGAUGGAGUUAGUUGCUGAUCUUCUUCGCCAAUUCGAAACCGUUUCAAGGGAUUACAUUGAAAGUAAGGGACGCUUUGAACAAAAGCGAGAAGACUUUGGGCCAACAAGAGGGUUAGAAGCCACAGAUUUUAGUGCAUCUGUUGAUUUUGUUGAAGCACUGGAUGCUCUUAGAAGUCAGCUUCAAGUUAUGAGGAUGAGUCUAAAUUUAAAGGACUUCUUGGAUUUGUGGAGAAGUGUUGCAGAUGGACUUGACCAUUUUAUUUUUUGCAGCAUACUUAUCAGUGAUAGUAGAUUCUCUGAUGAUGGCACCAAUCAGUUUGUUGCUGAUAUGGAGGCACUGUACCUCAUUUUUCAACCUUUUUGUUAUCGACCUGAAGCAUUUUUUCCUUGUUUAAGUGAUUCACUUAAGCUGCUAAAUAUGGAUGAGGAAGAUGGAAAGUAUUUGUUGGCAGUUUUAUGCACUGAGAACAGAGUAAAAUAUUUGCGAUCUUGUGGAAUUUCACACAUAUCUUGUGAUCAAGCUGGGAAGAUUUUAAGCAAUAAGAAGCCUGGAGUUUGAACAAAGAAGGAAGAAGCUUUUGAUGCAAAGUAACAAGUGCACUCAUAGGAAUAGAAUUGUCAUAUGAAAUUGAGACAAAGUUUGAAAAGGAUUGUUAGGCCUUUUGGAGCUUAGCUACAAUACAAAUGACCAGCAUCCUUAUGGAUGAUGAACUCAUGGCCCAGUUUUGGAAUUUGUGAGAGCUAAGUAAUGUAUGACACUUCUUAAAAAUGGGGUUUUCAGUUGGUCUCUUCUGGAGGAAGCCAAAAAGCACAUAAAAAGUCUUCUGAUAGUUUGGGAGGUACAGGAACGGUUGCAAAUGAAUUUGGCGAAUACCUCCAAAGGGUUUUAAAUGGGUUUGACAGUGUUUUCUUAAUAUGCAGAAUGUAACUCAAAAGAUUUUCAUCUCUUAAGGUUUUAUUUUUGAAUAUUUUGACACUUUAUUUGUUGGUAUUGGGGAACUUUGUUCUUGUAAUUUCAGUUAUCUGGUGAAGUUUGUUGAAACAUUCUCGCUUGAGGUGCAUCUGUCUUGAGGAUGAGUUGUAUAAUCAAAUGUAUUAUGUUUUUUUUUCAUCAACGUUAGUUAAUUUUCACUUCCU